CCUGGGCGUCGUCCUCGACGAGGCCCUGCGGUUCGGGCCUCCGGGCCCCGGAGCGUUUCCCCGCGUGGUCCCCGACGGCGGCAGGGUCGUGUGCGGCCGCUUCGUGCCCGACGGGUGCGCCGUCGGCGUACACCACCUGUCGGCCAGCCGGUCGGCGGGCAACUUUGCGGACCCGGACGCCUUCAGGCCCGAGAGGUGGCUGCCGUCGCACCCGCGCCACGCGCCCUACGCGUCCGACGACAGGACCGCGGCACAGCCCUUCUCGCACGGGCCCAGGAACUGCAUCGGCAAGAACCUGGCCAUGGCCGAGAUCCGCAUCAUCCUGGCCCGUAUGGUUUGGAACGUUGACAUGAGGUUACACCCGGACUAUGUCGGCUGGCUCGCAAAGCAGGAGAUGUUCACGACGUGGCACAAGACCCCGCUCAAUGUUCAGCUAAGCUGCAGGCAGAAGUGAAGAUCUGUCAGGGGAGUUUCGGUCCGACUCCUCGUGAGCCGUGUCCAUCUCAAAAUGGCGAGAGAAGCGAAGAUCUCCAGGGGUAGCGCUGGGCUGGAGAGCGAGGCUCGGACUUUUGCAACGCAGAUAGCAUGGUACACUUUGGCGUUCGGACAUGGUGGCAGACCUCGCUGAGAUAGGCCGAUCUUUGGCUUGCGUCAAUUCAUCCACCGUCCCCUUCCUUCAAUCGUGACAAGCCAUGGACGGGUAGUUGGAAAGGAACAGGAGGCCGG